UGUACAAUAACAAAAAAUGUCAAAACUAGUCCCUUUUUUCUAGCUUGAUUAUAACAGGAAUUCAUCGAUCAACAUUUGAGUACAUGGACCUAUUUAAUCUUGAACAAAGAAACAGUAGAAUAAAAAGUUGUUAAUGUAGCUUCUAAACAAGAACAGGUCUAUAACAACGUUAAAUGACAUCCACUCUUCUGCUAAAUCUCAACAUCCCAGAAACGGCAGCUGUUUCCUUACAGUAUCAUCAAGUUCUAAAGAUAACAAUAUGAUUUCAAAGCUGACUGUGUGCAGAAGUCUGUAAUAAUAAUUGCUUUUUCUCUCUCACUCUCCCUCACUCACUCUCUCUCUCACUCCACCCCAGAGAGCAGGUUAAAAGGACGUGUCUAACACUGUUAAACUUACUUUAUAUGCACAAACUUUCUUUAUUUUGAGAUGGUCCCAACACUAAAAUCCAUAUGGAACUUGAAGAGCGGGAUAGUUCUUUUCUUCACUCCUCUGAUUUUUCUUCCACUCCCAGUUGUCAUCAACACAAGGGAAGCCAGCUGUGCCUAUGUGAUCAUACUGAUGGCAGUCUACUGGUGUACUGAGGCCCUUCCUUUAGCUGUUACUUCACUGUUACCUGCUGUUCUCUUCCCCAUGCUUGGCAUCAUGCAGUCCAAAAUGGUGUGUAUGCAAUACCUGAAGGACACUAACAUGCUGUUUGUGGGUGGACUGUUGGUCGCUGUGGCAGUUGAGCACUGGAACCUGCACAAACGCAUCGCCCUUAGAGUGCUUCUCAUUGUUGGGGUGCGCCCAGCGCUCCUGAUGCUGGGCUUCAUGGGGGUGACAGCUUUCCUCUCCAUGUGGAUCAGUAACACGGCUACUACGGCCAUGAUGGUCCCCAUAGUGCAGGCUGUGCUGGAACAGCUGAACAAACAGGAGACAGAGUCGUCACAGACGGCCUGCGGUGAGGAACGACCCCAGGCCCCUGAGGUGGAAUACAAACAGACGACAAAAGAAAGAGACACAGAAGUGGUGCUACGCAUGCUAGACGUCUCUCCAGAGGCCAAACAAAAAGAAUCAGCAGAGAAGCGGCUCAUGGCUAAAGGAAUGACUCUCUGUGUGUGUUACGCGGCCAGCGUCGGGGGAACGGCCACACUCACGGGCACUGGACCUAACCUAGUACUAAAGGGUCAAAUGAAUCAAUUAUUUCCUGACAAUGGUGAUGUCAUCAACUUUGCCUCAUGGUUUGGGUUUGCCUUCCCCAACAUGAUCAUCAUGCUGACCAUAGCUUGGCUUUAUCUCCAGUUCAUUUUCAUGGGAUUCAACAUUAGGAAGACGUGGGGGUGUGGAGCUGUAAAGUCAGAGAAGGAAAUUGCCGCUUAUAACGUGAUCCGGGAGCAGCAUCUUCAGCUGGGACCGAUGUGUUUUGGUGAACUCAGCGUUCUGGCUCUCUUCAGUUUGCUUGUCGCGCUGUGGUUCACUCGUGAUCCUGGAUUUGUAACUGGCUGGGCAACACACACCUUUAACACUGAAGCAGAAUAUGUGACAGAUGCUACGGUUGCAGUCUUCAUUGCCCUGUUGCUCUUCAUCCUGCCUUCAAAACCACCCCGCAUUUGCUUCUGGUCAUCAACUGGCUCCGAAACAGAGCCUCAGCUCUCUUCUGCGCCCAGUCCAGCCCUGCUCUCCUGGAAAGUAGCUCAAAAGAAAUUACCCUGGAACAUAGUUUUGCUCCUAGGUGGAGGAUUUGCCCUGGCCAAAGGUAGCGAGGAGUCAGGUCUAUCCAAAUGGAUGGGAAACCAGUUGACUCCCCUGCAUAGUAUCCCUCCUUGGGCCAUUGUUAUCAUCCUGUGCCUCUUGAUUGCCAUUUUCACUGAGUGUACCAGCAACGUUGCCACAGCCACCUUAUUUCUACCUGUUCUUGCUUCUAUGUCUCAGUCGGUUGGAAUCAACCCUCUUUACGUCAUGGUGCCAUGCACACUCAGUGCGUCCUUUGCAUUCAUGCUGCCUGUGGCAACUCCACCAAACGCUAUAGUCUUUUCCUAUGGAUACCUCAAGGUUUCAGACAUGGCAAAAACCGGCAUGAUGAUGAACAUCAUAGGGAUUUUCUGCAUCACCUUAUCCAUCAAUACCUGGGGCAAGGCCAUGUUCAACCUAGACUUUUUCCCUGCAUGGGCCAACCAAACGGUAAUAUGACAGACAGUACAAGGCCAAGCUGGUUUUCUUUUCUCCACAGUUUUCUUCGUAGAAACGCAUCAUUCUCAUAAAUGGAUCAAAGCUGCAGCGGAGAGAAAAUAAAAUCUGCCAUGUCUUGCAGGACUUUUUUUGCAUACUCAUAAUCUCUUUCAUUUAAAGACCUACAGCAACUAACUAAGCACCAGGAUAUACUACAUAUCAGUAUGUUCAAAUGUUUGGGGCUGGUACGAUUUGUUUAAUGUUUUUAAAAUCUCUUUGCUCAUCAAAAAUCCAUAACAUAAUAUUGUGAAAUAUUUUUGCAAUUUAAAAUAACAAUUUUCUAUUUUAAUGUAAUUAAAAUGUAUUUUAUUCUUGUGAUGGCAAUGCUGAGUUUUCUAGCAGCCAUUUCUCCAGUCUUCAGUGUCAAACGAUCUUUCAGAGAUCAUUCUGAUAUGCUGAUUUUUUUAUUAUUAUCAAUGUUUAAAAGAACUUUACUGUGCUGCUUAAUAUGUCUGUGGAAGCCAUGCUUGCUAAGAUUCUUUAAUGAAUAGAAAAGGAUGAAUCUUAUAAACCUCAAACUUUUGAACAAUAGUGUACAUGAUCAUUUCAUUUUGUAACAUGAAUUUUAUCUGGUCAGAUGUUUCAAACACUGAAACAAUCAAGUUUUUCAAACAUUUCAUAUAUUGACAAACAUAGCUUCAGAUCACAUGCUAAUCUGAUGAGACUAAUUGAACUAAUUGUUCUAUCCCUUUCUGAACUAAAUGAUGACCCAGAAAAAAAAACAAUAUUGUGGAUGAUUAA